AUGUUGAUGGAAUGGUUCCGGGGUAAGGCGAGUGACGAGCCUGUUGUCCCAGAGAAGCCGCAGAAGCGAAAGACGUUAGACGUGGAUCCCGAAACAACGCUUGAGCCCUCACCGGCUGAAGCCAUCGCACAACGUGAAGAUGCGUUUCGCAAAAAGUUGGCAGCUAGUGCCAAAGAAGGUCCGCUUUCACCGGCCAAGUUGGUGACCUACGAUUCCUUAUUUCGUAGUGCGCAACAACUUUUAAUGGAAGGGAACUCAGGAGAGAUAAGUGAAGGAAUCACACUUAAUGUUGCCCGUAAUACCCAAAACGUAAUGGUUUCUUCAAAAUGUGUUCUUGUCUCACCACAAAUGUCACAUUGGGAACUAGGUCUCCAAAUGAAUGGCUUCUCUGAUAUUGUAAUGGCUUCCUACAACACAUUGAGCCGCUGGAGCCUCAUGUACCAGCGUGUAAGUACCACAGGAGCGCUAUUGCUUGCUCAGUGCAUGGCACAGCGACAACAAGGCAUGACUCAGGGUACCGUGGUUGGAAUGAUCCAGUAUCCGUGGGUGCCUGGUGGUUGUACACAGCUGCAGUAUGUGAAGAAUCAAACACUCACAUUGAGCCACACACAGCGAAUUAUAAGAGGUGUGCACUUUGGAUCUAAUUUCUCUUGGGACCCUACAACAAAGGGGACCUCUGUCUCUUAUGCUGCUUCAGCCACGAAUCCAUCGAAGACGGGAACUUUAGGUGCAGAAUGGCAUCCCAACAAGGGUGAGUGGAAGGUGGCGUUAACACGAGGAGAUUGGGGUCAUGAUGCUGAAUUCGCUAUGCAACUUGAGUAUACCAAUAAAGGAGAGGGUAUGAUGAGUCUUUUGAGUUUUGGUAUGCGUAAACAUUUUAUCGGUGGUGGUUUGAUGAGUGCCGCUCUUGCUGGCUUCUCUAAAUUAAAAGCCUCCGUGGAAAUUCCUUUUGGAGGUGAACGCAGUGGAUUUAACCAAAUGCACUGUUUAUACAAUGCUCAGUAUGACAUUCACUCUGGAGCAUUAAAACAUGGCCUUGUUUUCACUGCCUAG